AUGGAACAGAAAGGAUUUAGAGCAUACCUAAAAGGACUCCGACUUUGGUGAGUCUCCAGAGAAAGGAAGUUUCAUAUUUACAGACCCUUAACAAAAACCCUCUACGUGUCUUUGCUGCAUGAAUCUUGGUACAAAGAUUAUUAAUAAUGACAGUGCAAGUACAUAUCUUUGCUGGAAUAUAUUAGGAAGUUAUCUCAAGGUAUAUGGCAUGCAUGAAGAAAUAGAUUUCAUACAACAGUAGAUGUUCUGAGAGCGUCUUUCUCCCAAAGACAUCAUGCACUGUGCAUGGAAAGCUAAUGCAGUUAUUUUGUCUAAAGAAGUUAUAUAUGGCGAAAACAGCAAGGGCAUCUUAGUGCUUUCCUACUAAUACAGAAUUCUUGCACGGAGAAAAGAAAGGCAAACUGAAAUGCUAGGAAAUUACUAGCAUUACUGCUGGAAUCUAAAAGUUAAUAGUGGGAGUGGAAAGGGAUUUAUCAGUAUGCAUAUAAUGUCUAAAUGUCUAAAUAUGCAUAUAAUGUCUAAAAUGUCUAAAUGUCUAAUGUCUAAAUACUAAGGCUCCUGACUCUACUGCUGAUCUUUCUUUUUCCUACAUUAAGAUUAGCAACAGUAUCAGUCAGAUUUUAUCACCCCAGGUGCUUGCUCAAUUAGCAAGACUUUCAUUUUCAAUAAAUCAACCACUGCAAAAUGGAAUUUACAACAAUGCAGAAAGAGCCAGCCUACUACACUGCAAAUUUGUUAAAGUUUUGCCAGAGCAUGAGCAUCUUUUAGAAACCUAAUAAAAUCUUGUUUUUUAGAUGGGCUUCAGAAUGGCAGGGUCAACUCAGUGUGAGAGUCAUGUUAUAGUCAUUGUUACUUUCUAGCUCAUUUAAAGUGGCUCUGAUAGAUAAUACAUCUGUGAUAGAUUAUAAACAGUAAAAGAAAAAUAAAUGCUCUGUGCAUAAAUUAAUGAUUAUUGGGAAAAUCCAUUCUACUUACAUACAUACAUAUCUAACCUCAACAGUUGUAUUGAUGGCCUCUGUUGGCAACAAACUAGAUCUCAAAUUACUGAUCCCAUUGUUGUUAAAUUUACAUACCACUUAAUGCUAAAACAGACUUCUAAUCCCAGUGCUUCUCAAACUCCCAAGUUCCACUUGAGAGGGCUGAAAAUUUCUGAGUCACAAAAUGGUGGUGCAGGCAAGGGCAAAGCCAGUCAAAAAAUGGUGGCAGAGGUAAACAAAAAUUGUCAUAAUCAGCUGGCAAUUACAGAGAUAACUUUCUACUGAGAUCUAAUCCAUUUUUAGAGCUUGCUAAAUUCUUUUCCUUGUAAAAAGGAGUUCCAGUACAUGCAUUUGCUCUGGUGGUAAUGUGACGCAGCACCCCCAUUUUAGGCAGAAUUUACUGAUCAACAGGCUCCCUUAUUGCCCUUCCCCUCCUCUGGACCUUUGAAGGCCUACCUUCCUUCCUAUACCCCCACCCCCAAACUUCUCUCCAUCUCAGCCACUUUUACUCAUCAUGCAAUGAGUUGCUGGUCCUGGAAUUGGUCCAUGCAAAAGGCUGUGGCAUGGUUAAGGGAAGAGGCAGUCAAAUGAGGAAGCCCUGGACAGGCUGUGGCCCAGAGGCCCAGAUGAAAGUGGCCCAAGACCCGCCGGUGGAUUCUUACCCACAGUUUGAGAAACACUAUUCUAUGUGGUUUAUAGAAAUGUAAACAGAUUUACGCACCAACCUCUCUCUUCCAGGGCAGCAACUCCCAAAUGCUGGCAGAUGAAAUCCAAAUUUGUUCUGGCAAAAGGUAAGUCAGCCAAUGAGAUUUAAUCUCAUUGGAUCAAUGGCCCAUCUAGUUCAGCAUCCUGUCCUAACAACCUGAUGCCAAUGGAAAGCCUGCAAGUGGGAUAUGAGCACAACAGCACUUUGCCCACCUGUGAUUUUCAAUAACUGGCAUACUGCUUCUGAUAGUGAAGGUAGAACAUAGCCAUUGUGGCUAGUUACUGCUGAUAGCCUUGUCCUCCAUAGAUAUUGUUGCAAAAGUUGGACACCAUUUCCACUCUCUGCUGAGCGGUAGCAAGAUUCCAGGGGGUCCCAGGCAUUCACCAAGACUUUGUGCUUCUUUGGAGAAUUGAAGAUGUGGCGGAGACUGCUGUAGUUUUAAGAAAUAUGGUUUAUUCACCUAUUUGCACCUUAAGUAUGCAUGGAGUCAAGAUCUUACAGCAUAGUCACUUCAAGAAGGGCUUAUUCCCCACAGCAGUGCAACACCAGAGGCAUCUCUCCCAGCCAGUCUUCAGGCAGCCUGCCCAAAAUGGAUCUCAGUCUUUGUUCUCCUUCUUGCCAGCACACCUUGCCAAUGACUCUCUUUUCCUGUCACCUUACAACCAGAUAUCCUUGGCAACCUUCUGUCUGCUCAGGCCCAAGAUUCCUCUUAGAUGGGCCAUCAACACCUUUUGUCAUGUCAAUGCCUCUAUCCCAGGUGAGGGCCCUGGCUUGGAAAGGAAGCUUAGCCUGUAUUUUUCCAAUGGCCUGCUAUCUUCCCUUCUAUACUCCAAACAAUCAAAAUCCUACCAUUUAUUAAUUUCUAGCCCCCCCCCCAAAAAAAACCCUCACAACAAUAUCAACAAUGACAAUUAAUGGUUCUUAAGCAAUUAGGUUGCAUUCCUAACCAUGUCUAUUUAGAAGUAAAUCUCAUUGAAUUCUAUUUUAGAUGGGGUUAGGAUUGCAGCCUUGGUUAGCACAUGGGAACUCUUUAAUGGAACAACUGCUUCUUUCUAUGCUUUCUCCCCACCUUCUCUGCUUCGCUGCUCCAUCCUCUUCCAGUACUGCCACAGUAUGACAUAUUCAACCAUUCCUUAACAGUGGAAAACUUUCCCUUCCCUUCUUCAAAACUUCCUUACCCAGCCAGAUUGCCUCAUUCACUGCUACAGCAGCCUAUGAAUUAGGACUUAGGUUCUUAUAAAUGAGGACUUAUGUUUUCUGAAUGAAACUGCCCUGACCUGGUCAAAUUCAAUACGACUCUGUAUUUGUCCGCUAUAACUUUUUUCAGUAAAACACUAAAGCAAAAAAUAACAGGACUAUAUGAAUUAAAAUUAUGUAUAUGCCUGUGCCUUUGCAUUCUACAGUGGACAAAUUCUUUCCUCAUCUGUCCGAUGCUGGCAAAUAAUUUUAUGAAUUUACAUUUUGUGACACUUCAACUUGAGAAUGGUGUGGGAUACUGUAAUUUCCCCCUGAUUUUGACUUUAAAAGGGUCAGACUUUUUAAGUUUAGAAGACUGAAAUACUAUAUGCCUGCAAGAUGUUUCUGUGCACAAUAAUUUGGUGUGUCAAAUGGAGAAAUGCACUUCUUAGCCACCAGUCAUGUACAAUGAACCAUGUGCUCUGCAAAUGGCUAUUAUGAUUCAAAAUGGCUAUCACACACAUAGACAUUAAGCGAUGUACAGAAAUAAGCCAUUGAAAUCCAUUAGGCAGUCCAAGGAACUGUUGCAAAAUACUCCUCACAAAUACCAUAGAAGAAAGCUUUUCAUUUAUGGAUACAUUUUGCAUAGGAACAUGAAGAUCACUACAUUUAUUAAAAUUUGUUAUAUGGUCUUACAAUUUUUUACUGCUGUCAGAAUUUCCUGGUGGCAGUGAGACAGGGUUAUAUCCAGUCCAAUAACUGAGGUGAGGCCAUAUGCUUCCUGAAAAUGUAGGAACUAGAAACUUGAGAAGCUGCUUUAUCUAGAGUCACACCAUAGGUCCAUCUAGGCAGUCUGAACACAUAACACCAAACCUAGCCUGAUUGCACUGACUACCAGUUAGUUUCCAUGCUCAAUUCAAAAUGCUGGUUUUGAUUUAUAAAGCCUAUAAAUGGCCCCAAUACCUCUCUGUAUGCCUUUCCUCAUAUAAACAAGCUCAGACCCUGCCAUCACCUUAGGCUCUUCUGUAUGAGCUCCUCCAUGGGAGAUUUGGAGAGUGUAGGCCAGGAAAUUGGACACCUAAAAUGGCGUCCUGGGGGGAAAGUCGAUGUCGAAAAUUUCCCAUACUUUUUUUGUUUGGUUGCGCAAAGUGUGCUUGCGCCAUCCUGAAGUCCAGCAACUGGGAAGCUAGCACAAUGGUUCUGCCCCACUUGACCACCUUUUUCUGCCCCAAGGUCCAUCAACUGAAGCCAGAAGUGAAAUCAUGACUCAGGCAGGUGGAAUUAAGGAGCAAGAUGCAACUGAACACCUACUCAACCCAGGAACUUGUGAUCAAGCUCAUGGGUCCUUUCAUGCAAGAAGUCCUUGCUGGUUUUCUCCUAAGCAUUCUCUUUCAGCAGCCUAAUUUAUGGAAGUGAAAGCUCUUUAGUAAUUGUUAUUGUUAUCCAGCUGAGAGUCAGAAACCCUUACAAGUUACCCAGUGAUCCAACAAUAGAUCUUGAUCUACCACCUGGCCACCACUGGCAGACUCUGGGUUUAAAGGUAGAACUGAGAAAGACUAUGAAGAGCUGCUUCCAAUCCACACAGACAAUACUGAACUAGGUGGAUUUUCCUUAUGCAAAGCAUGUGCUCUGGCACCAAAAUGCAACCCACCUCGCAACAAAACCAGUGUUUAAGCAAUGUAAGAACUAUUUUUCCAUAACUGUCAAUGAUAAAGAACUUGGCCCUCAAUAUAGAAAUUAAUUGGAACAGGGGCCUAUUCACUACCUUAUCAGAUCUGUGGCAGCAGAUGAAUUGUACCAUUUUGGGAGAGGCAUCCUAUAAACAAUAAGUAUUUAUAGCAAGCCUUAAAAAUAACGUUGAUGCCUGUGUACAGGUUCUGUAAUUGAACAUCAGAGCUCUUUUAUUUUUAGAACUAAAAUGCAAAGACAUGGCAAAGUUUCAUGACUCUAGAGUAAUACAGGACUUCAGCAAUCAGCUACAGGGUCACGUACAGUAUCUUUAAUUUCACCUGUUGAGUGCUUGCGUGAAUGUUUAAGGGCCCCAGAGGACAUGAGAAACCAUGGAAGAGAAACACAAUCCCUGUGAAGAUGAGGAAAAUAUUGAAGAACAGCCAGGCAGGAUCAUAAAUAACAUGAAAGACGGGCUCUGCUCUCUAAUGCUCUCAUAAAGAGUUCUCUCAAAACUCUUUUUGGCUCAGCCAUGUGAAGGGCUGUGCUGAUGGGCAUUGUAUGAGGUGCAUGCAACAGCACAUGUCACACCCAGCAAACCACACCCAGAUUGUUGCUUGGGGAAGCAUUUAGGCUAAACCAUGUUGUUUUUGUUAGCCUUAAAGGCCAUAUCUGGCCUGGGUCAUUUCCAGGCUAGCCAGGGCGAUGGAAACUUUUCCGCACUGCUAUCAUGCACCUCUUCUGUACACUGCUCCAGCAGUAAUGUGAAAAAUUAAAUUGAGAGUGUCUAGCUCUGCCUUGAAUUAUCAACCAAAAGGAGAAAGAGUCACCUUAGUUUUCAGUAGUGGUCAAAGCAUUGGACUAGGACCUGGUAAACCAGAAUUCAAAUCCUCACUCAGCUAUUAAGCCCAACUUCACAGGUUUGUUGUUGUUUAUAAUAACAAGCUUAUUACAGUGGUACCUCGGGUUAAGUACCGUAUUUUUCGCUCUAUAACACGCACCCGACCAUAACACGCACGUAGUUUUUAGAGGAGGAAAAUCCGUAGGCAUGCCUCCUGUAGGCAUUCCCUCCAUAACACGCACAAACAUUUCCCCUUACUUUUUAGGAGGAAGAAAGUGAGUGUUACGGUGCAAAAAAUACGGUACUUAAUUCGUUCCGGAGGUCCGUUCUUAACCUGAAACUGUUCUUAACCUGAAGCACCACUUUAGCUAAUGGGGCCUCCUGCUGCCGCCGCCGCACAAUUUCUGUUCUCAUCCUGAAGCAAAGUUCUUAACCUGAAGCACUAUUUCUGGGUUAGCGGAGUCUGUAACCUCCCGAGGUACCACUGUAUAAGGAAUGUGGGACAUAUCUAUGUAAAAAAAAAAUGCAUAGAAUUGUCAUGUAAAAUAUUGCAGACUCUCAUGCGUCUGCAUUUACACAGAAAAGUUGAGUAUAGAUUUUAGUAUGAAUGAAUGAAGAAGCAAACAAACAUUCAUUGAUAUGAAUAUUAUAGUCUUACAGAAUCACAGAACUGCUUUUGGUUUUAAAACAGCUGUGGAAAACUCUUCAGGGGCUGACAAAUGAGGGAAGGAUGAAUCUGACAAGCUUGGUUUCUCUGUGUUUCAUACUUUUCCAAUCCUGAAUUCAGUUUUUCCCUUUCCCCCAGCACUUUUUGGGGAAAGGGGUUAAUGUCUGCAUGAAUAUUUUUGUGCGUUUCUCCCAAAAUACAUGUUUUGAUGCUCAGUCUUCUCAAGCAAUUUUCCCUAAUGCAUUUUGUAUGUUUUUCUCACUAAUAUACAGUUGUUUGUACACACUUUCCCCUCAUAUAUGUUUUUAGGUAAACAUUUUUUGGGUUGGAGAGCAAAUUUUGAAUAGUCGCUGAGUUUUAACUGUGUGUUGGUUCAUGGUGUACAAAUUAGGUAGGUUCCUAUUGAUGCAAAUGAAAAUAAUGCCUCUUUCACCCUCAGUGUAAAUUCACGUAAGGGGGAAAAUAUGCUGGGAUGGGGAACUUGGAUCAGUGGGCAAAAUAUUACACAGAGAAUCACUUCUCAGGACUGUUUCAUUCUCAGGUUCUCGCAUCACAGAAUUGCUUCUCAUUUUAAGAGCAGACGUGUCUGUAUUUUAUGCACAUGUGCAAAUCACAUGUGGCAGCCCCUCAGAACUACGCAUACCUUGUGACAGUGAGAGCUAACUUUACUAUGAAAAUGGUAUAAAACCUUGCCAAAGUUACAUGUAUUUUUGUUUCAAAAUAAGGGAGGGGGCUGAAGUUUAGAAACCUUCAUAAGAUAUAACAUAAAUGGAGCCUUUAAGCUUCCUAAAAGCAAACGUGAUCUGUAGAUUUGCUCAGCAUGUGAUUUUCACUAUCAAAAGUUUAAAAAAUAGUAAUACUUAGGUAAUUUAAUCAGAAGCACUGAACUGUACUUUUUUAAAAGUUACCCAUUGAUAGGAUAUGCUUCUUGACUCUAAAUAUGUUUUGGAUUUAUCUGAGGUUUGAAAUAAUUGGACCGGCUCUUAAUUGUGCCAGCACAAAAAAAGCUGGAAUUAUUUUACCGCUUCAGAAAACUCUUAAAGUAAUUUUACUGUAUGGCUGACUUACUUGACAUUCUUUAAAUGCUGUAAGAAAGAGAAGAAUUAAUCAUGUGAUUUAUUUUAUUUUUUGGCUAAAUAAAGGCCAAAUCAUGCUUCCAGGCCAAAAACACGGCACUACUUCUGGCAUUCUGGUUAUUAUGAUCAAUGCUAUGGUAAAAGGCAAGGUGAUGUGAGAAGGAACAGCACAUCUUAUUUUUCACCUGUUCCCCAUAGAAAGCAUGUGUUCCACAUUUCCCUUCAUUUUUUGAAUCUGAGGGGUUUUUUCACACAUUCUAGUAAUGUUUAUUUUCUCUGUGUGAUCAUGAACACAAUCACAUGAAGAAACUUUAGUGCAAACCAGUCGUUUACACAAACCAACGGUUUCUGUGUUUGCAGUAGCUCAGCUGAAAAAUACAGUCUUGAUCGCUGAAAUGACUGCAGCUAUCCUAAUGUAAUCAGCUGGUCGGCCCUAGCAUUCUGCAGAAGGACAUGGCUGCCUCAGACACUAGAGGUUGAGGGGCAGGGAAUGAACAGAGCAGUGUGUGCCAAGCAGCCUGCCCUAUGCUUCUAAACUAGCCAGUUUUGUGCUCAGAUGUAAUGGAGGGCAUUGUCUCAUUGCCAAAACUGAAGUAAGUUUCAACUGCCCGUCUAAACUUAAAAAGUCAGCUUUUGUACAUGGGAAGGCACCAACUUGUCCAUUACCUUAGAUACAAGGGCUUUUUUGGAGAAGAAGAAAUGAGCAGUUGGGGGAGAAAUGUUGUGCAGUUGGAAAGCUGACGUGCCGUUUGAAGAAUGGAGGGAAGAGAAUUAGCUUUGUUAGGUACAUGUGUCUGCUAAACACCUAAAUGAAAGGCAAUGUGAGAGCCAGUGUGGUGUAGUGGUUAAGAGCGGUAGUCUUGCAAUCUGGGGAACUGGGUUCGCGUCUCCGCUCCUCCACAUGCAGCUGCUGGGUGACCUUGGGCUAGUCACACUUCUUUGAAGUCUCUCAGCCCCACUCACCUCACAGAGUGUUUGUUGUGGGGGAGGAAGGGAAAGGAGAAUGUUAGCCGCUUUGAGACUCCUUCGGGUAGUGAUAAAGCGGGAUAUCAAAUCCAAACUCCUCCUCCUCUUCUUCUUCUUCUCAAUGUCGGGCACAGCAUGUACACAAAUUACAUGAGGAUAAAAAGCACCAGUUUCCAUACUUAAAACAAACUGUCCAAACCAUAUCAAGCAUCUUUUUUAAAAAAAAACUAGAACCUCCUCUUCCCUUUCAUCUUUGGGCAGCAUCCUGAAAUAAAGAGUGAAUCUUUAAAGUACUCUUUUGUGUGUUGCGCCUGCUAGUUACUGAACAAAGGUGGAUUCAUAAAUGAAUUGUUGCUUUAUAGAAGUUAUUAGGUAAGACUGACCCCUAUAGAGAAACUACCAGCCUACUAUAGAAAUAUUCUACUCAGACUACUAUAUAAACUUUUCUUUCCUUGGUACAAUAUGUUCGACAUUUAACCUUUUCUAAUGCUUGGUUUUGUCCUGUGCCAUCGAUGUAUGUUUCAAAGUUCAUUCUUUCUAGUAAGUAUAAAAACACAUGAAAACUCCCUAGGGGUAUUCUGUGUCCAGCAAAGCAUUCCAUCAGUGAUAUGGACCAAAUAAGAGGAAGAGCUAAAGGCACCAGCUGAAUGACCUGUUUCCUAUCUUUCAUAUGUAGCUUCCAGCUGUUUAAGAUGUUGAAGGGACCCACUGAUCUUGGAAGAUGCGCACUCUGUCCUUUGAGUAUACUAGUGAAUAAACAGGAUAAUAGAAACUGCAAAAGACUAUGGGGCUCUGCGGUAGUGAAUUGCAUUGGUCAGCUGUUUCUGUAAACAUUUCUUUUACAAUGUAUUAAUUUAAUCAAGCAACUCCUAUUUAUUGCCAUAAGAAACUGGACAAGCAGCUGUUUCCUAUUCACUUAUUCCAAACGAUUCAUGAUUUUAUGCAGGUUUAUCAUAUCCCUCACCCUACACCUAUGUAAAAAAAAAAGUCAUCGUCUUUUAUCUUCUCCACAUGUGGAAUAUGGUUGCUGUUGAGUUUUGUGUUUUUCCCCUUUUCCAGUUCUACUACAUCAUUUUCAUUUCAGGUGGGGUUACUAGAUUUAGAUAGCAGACAAUUGUGGUUACAACACUGACAUGUUAUUUCCUGAGUCCUCCCCACCCGUUUCAAAUGUUCUGUUUCCCUUUUAAUAAUUUUGUCUGACACCCUGCCUUUAUGUCUUUGGUGGGCAUGUCAAAUUGCAAGUAGAUAAACAGGUACCACUCCAGCAGGAAGGUAAAUGGCGUUUCCGUGGCUGCUCUGGUUUCACCAGAAGCGGCUUAGUCAUGCUGGCCACAUGACCUGGAAGCUGUCUUCGGACAAAUGCCUGCUCCUCGGCCUGUAGAGUAAGAUGAAUGCCACAACCCCAGAGUCAUCAGGGGUACCUUUACCUUCAUUCAUAAUUUUUAACAAAUAGGAUGAAUAUUACAUGGCAUCUUGUGUUGUAAUCCCCAGGUUGCUAGUGUUGUGAGGCCCUUUCAUAACUACGCAAAACCUCGUUUAGAUGUAAUUGUGUUCAGUGGUUUCAUAUUAUUUACAUUAACCUGCCACCAGUAGUCAUUGGAGGACAUUGCUGAAUUACUUGACUCAAUUGCUUGAAAAGCUUAAGGAUUUAAAAUAAAAUAACAAGAGACUUUGGCCAGGAUACCUUGUCAAUUUAUAGUCCUCCUCCCUAUAAAACAGAUGAAUUUAGUACAUUUACUGGGUUGUAAGACAAACAAAUGUGGUUACCUCAGUAUAAAUGAAAGCUUUAAUGAGGCAGCCCUUGCUUGAGUGUUUUAGAAAGUGUUCCAAGAUUUUAUUCAUGAAUGGACUUUCUUUGCUUAUUCAUGUAAAGUUGUUGACCCUUCAAGCUUGUGUCUGCACAGCCUGCAUGGUCAAGGGCCCUGUUAUAUGUACAGCAAUCCAAGUGAAUGAGAGCUAUGUAAAUGUAUUCUGGAAAACACUCAGAUGAAGGGUGGAUUAUGUCUUACUUCAUGAAAUAUAUGCAUUUGCAUUUGCACAGGAUGUGACUUAGCCAUGAGAGGGGUGGAACAGAAUGCUAAACUUCUAAUGUUGCCAUCAACCUUAGGGUUGUGUGCACUUGGAAGUGUGCCCCACUGAUUUCAAUGGAAAGUAUUUGCGAAGAAGGAUACUUAUGAGUGCAGCCUUAAAGAAUUAUAUACAAAGGUUCUGUACUGCACUGAGUUGACGCUGCUCUCUGCUGCACCAGAACAGGUUGCCGGGUUGUGGCAAAUUCCUGGUAUAAAUGCAGUUCAGAGGCUGCCUAGAUGAGACGCCAUUGAAGAUGAGAUGAGACCCACUGGAUUCAUUUGUAUUUUUAGAAAGAUGAACAGAAAAGCCUACUUAUCAACAGAUGCACAAUAUGUAUUCAAGAUUGUUUAAAUUUUGUAUAAUUAGAUGUUCAGAUACCCUGCAUAUUUCAUAUCAUAUUAGUCUUUUUUCAGUAAGUGGUGGGGAACCUCAGGCCUGGAGACAGAAUAUGGCCCUCCAGGCCUCUCUGCCUGCCCUCAUAACUAUCCCUAGGCUGUAUCCCUCACUGACCUUGCUUUACACCACAGGCAUUUUUGCCUGGCUGGAAUGUGCCAUCGAACUCUGUUAAUGCCUAAUGCUUGUCUGGAUAGAAGACACAUGUGGCUGAGUGAGUCAGGGCAGAAACUAGCUUCCUGUACAAAGGUAACAUUCAGACUCAUUGGCCUCUGGCUCCACCCACCACUGACAUGUGACCCUCCAAAGGUUGGCCAAAAGUGAAUGUAGUCCUAGGAUUUAGAAACUUUCCCAGCUUAGCACAGUGGCUAUCAAAAUGGUUUCUGCACUGGGUUUCAGUCUCUGGGUUUCAAUUCUCUGGGUUUCUAUUCCCCAUAUAAUUGCUUCCCCUAUUCAUUCAUUCAUUUAUUUUCAGUGCCCUCCCACAAGAGCACAAUUGCAAUUAUGCAGGAAUAUUUUUAUUUUUAUUUAUGAGCAAAAAAAAUAAAUCUCUGGUAUUCCAAUUUGAAACUGGACUCUGGGCACCAUCCAUCCUAUUUAAAAUCCCUCCUGAAAGCAACAGUUUCCAUCAGUCUGUUCAUCCUUUUGUGGUGGUGCUGUUGGUAUCACUUUGACGCAUUUCCCCAUUAAUUGCUGGUGCCUGCUUUCAAUUGCUUUAAUUGCUUGAAAAACUCAACAUUGUACAGUUCCAUUUUAAAAUCAAGUUUUGAUUCAUAAAUCCAAAGCAUUCUGUGCACCCAGAUGAAACAGUACAUAUGAAAGGCACACAUUCUCCUUCACUCUUGAGUUCUAGGAUUUGUAUAUGCCCCAGAUGCAUUAAUAUAAUCUAGAUUUCUUUCACCUGGAGCAGGAACCGGCAAGCCACUCCAGUAUCCCUGCCAAGGAAACUCCAUGGACAAAGACAACAGGCAUAUACCGUAAUUCCCUUGUCAUAGAACUGAAAAUUAUUAACUACUUCACAUGAAGAAACGUUUCGGCCCAAAUCCUCCCUCACAUGUUCCAUUUUACCGAGCUGUUGUGUCAUUCAGGUUCAUAUAUUCAAACUAUCCUAAAAUGAGAGUUUAAGGGAACUACAUGUCCUUGCAUAAAACAAAACAACAUAACCUCAAUAGAAAUUAAACCAGAUCCAAAUAAAAUAUCAUGCGUGCACACAAAACACCUUGAUUCCUACUAUGAUGGCAUGCCUAGCAUGGGACUAAUUAUUCUUGGGUGUGUGUGGAAAGGUAUUGCAUCUAACUCACCGUUUGUCUCUCUACCUUAGGGACCAUCUACAUGUAACUUUAACUACAGUGGUACCUCAGGUUACAUACGCUGCAGGUUACAUAUGCUGCAGGGUACAGACUCCGCUAACCCAGAAAUAUUACCCGGGUUAAGAACUUUGCUUCAGGAUGAGAACAGAAAUUGUGCAGCAGCAGCACGGCGGCAGUGGGAGGCCCCAUUAGCUAAAGUGGUGCUUCAGGUUAAGAACAGUUUCAGGUUAAGAACGGACCUCCGGAACGAAUUAAGUACGUAACCAGAGGUACCACUGUAUAUGGAAGCUUGCUUUCGAGUGGUGAUUCCCCACAUCCCCACAUCUGAGUGUAAUCUCUCAUGCAGUGGACCAUGUGAAUGCUCCUGACCACAGGGAAGUUCCCUGACCCCAUUCACAUGUUGAAAAUACACAUGAAGGGGUUGUGCAGUUGUGCUGACCUGCUGGGCCCCCUUAACAACAACAUUAUGUGCCAGUAUUUGACAGCUGUGUAAAGGGAACUUUAUGCCUGUGCCAAUGUAUGCAUGUGGGGCUUACAACAUGCAAGGGGGAAAUCCCGAUUGGUUCAGAAGAAUCUCAACCCUAAACCUCUGUUUAAAACUUUCCUCUUCAGUUUUCAUUUGAGCUUCUCUCUCCUUUUGAUAGACAAUAUGAAAUCAAGCCCAGCCCUUGUUCUACUGAAGUCAGAUUGUGUGAAAAGCAAAAAUGGACUCUGCCGUGAAAGCCUGCAGCCAUGUAUAUAUGUACACAUGAAAGUAGGCAUGGGGUGAGAAACUCAAUUUUGUUUAUAUUUUCAUGAGAAACUCCAUAAUAUGCAUUUCUUGACUCAAAAUGCAAGCCAAAGCAUAGCUAUCCUUUCAAACCUGCACCUUUCUGAAUUUUGCAAUGCAAUUCAUCAGCCAAUGUAUACAAAAAUGUGUAUAUUGAGGAAAAGAAUUGUGGAAAACACAUACAAAAUGCAUUGCAUUAGGGAUACAGAGAGAGAGAGAGAGAGAGAGAGAGAGAGAGAGAGAGAGAGAGAGAGAGAGAGAUGUUUUCAUUAGAAGAAAUUCUUACUAAAAUGCUGACAAAUUUACAUAGGGAAGUGCAGAUUGUUGAAGAUAUGUAGAAAACAAAUUUAAGACUGAAAAAAUGAGAAACCGAGUGAAAUUGAACUUGACAGAUUCAUUCAUCCCUAGUGGAAAUAAACUGUUUCUAUUCUAAACUGUUAUUGAUUUAACUUGAUCCCAAAAUGUAUUUGCUUUAAAACUUUGUAUAAAGCAAACAAGGAACUUAGUUUAAGGAAAAGGGUAAGAAUAUAUUUUUUCACAUUGUGAUUUGUUUGCAUUUUUUUUCAGGGAAAUAUAAGUCCUGAAAACUGUUGUGUAAGCUUAUAUUUUGUGUGAUUUUGUACAGCUUUACAAACCAGUGCUGCAGUUACUUUGCACAAGAUGAAGAUGGGAUUACUGGAGCAAGUUGACUUGUAUUUUUGGUAUAUUCCAAUACUCACCAUUUUACUAAAGAUUUUGAAACAGUUGCUUAGAAACAACAUAAUGGCCCUGAUCCAGAGAAAUGUCUACGCACAUUAAAUUCAACAGGACUUACUUUUGGGUAGACCUGUAUAGGAUUACACUGUAAAUUGUGUUUAAGUCACAAUGGAAUAGAAAUACAACUUGCUUUCUCUGGACUGAACUCAACAUGUAUGAAGAAGGACUGAGUCACAUUGUUCAGUUUGAAAAGUUCACAUCUUCCAAUCAGAUUGUGAUGUCCUUCCCAAAGUGUGAGUUAAGUAAAAGAUCAUGCAAACAGAUGUUAAACUAGAGGCCCUAAUGGAAAAUGCUGCCUUUUUUGUUUUUUAUAGGGGAAAAUACACAUUUCUUAGAAAUAGGAAAACAAUUAAGCAAUCACAUAUUUUUAUUUUCUGAAACAAAGGAAGAUAUAAUAGUCAAUUUCUGUGUGUUUUUCUCCAGAUUAAAAAAAAAAAAGUAUUUGUAAUAAUUCCAGGAAAGUAUUAUCUUUAUUUUAGUUUGCCUUAAAUAAUUAUAUUGGAGCAAUUCCAUUGAUGUCAAUGCCUCUACCCUGUGGCUGCAAUCCUGUGCACAUUUAUCUUGGACUCCAGGAGUAAAUCCAACUAAAUCAAAUGGGGCUUACAGCUGAGUAAAUACUAAGAAUUGUUUUGUAAAGGUUUGACUAUUGUCAAAUAUGAAAAAUAUGUGACUUCAGGGUCUGCACAAGAUUUUUUAUAAUAAAUAAUAAUAAAAAUAAAAUGUAUUAUUAUUACUGACAUUUUACUCUGGAUGGUGGAAUUUCUUUUUAGGUCAUGUAACUGUAGUUCAAAGUUUGACGGAAAGGACCGUAAAGGGGGAGAUGGUCCUUGCCUAGUGGUAUAAACAUUGUGAUACAUUUACAAAGUUCUUAAAGAUGCUGAACAUUAGAAUAUGCUUAAUCUGGAUAGCACUGAAAGUAGACUCUUUUGUUAUUGGAAAACGUGUUUUCAGAUGCAUUUGAAAAGGAAAAACUCAUGCAGUGGAAUCAUUGCAGACAUGGUCCUCCUCACAUUAUCUUUAGUGGAAAACUGAACACUUGGAAGGGUGUUUUGGUAAAAUAUAUGUUAAUUUUUCCAAAUACACUAAUUUUCCAAAUAGCCAGUUUGUUUGCUAUUUGGGAACUUACAAACUGGCUGUUGCUAGCCAAGUGGUGGGAAAGACACAGUUUGCAUGACCAUCUCAUACUGUGGAGGGAAAAAUGUAUUUCAAGAAGCAAAUGGAAAAUAAGACUGAGGAUUUGAUUCUCUCCCUUUUUCAAGCCUGCACAGUGAGUACAAUUAGUGCUGCAAUUAGAUGUGACUUGUGGGAUGAAGGGGGAAAAGAAUACUGGAAAUAGGAAUGUGGGCCAAAUUAUAUAGUUUUCUGCUACACUGACACAAAUCCUGUGAUCUUGAAAAGGACUGUAUCAAGGAAGACAGAGAAAAACUUGGUAUGUGACAUGUUUUUGUCUAUGGUGUAUGUGUAUGUCUGUCUGUAUGCUUGAAUCUACCCACAUUUGUGCAAUGUACCUGAAAUCAAUUUAAAUUUACAUAACAUGCCAGUUUGCAGAUUAAAAGAAACAUUAAAUAUUUACACACUGCUGUUGUGUUUUUCAUUUCCAUAUUAAUGGUUCCAAAAUGUCAUUCAGUAUAUUCUUUCACUUUUCCUCGCCACCCCUCUGGUGAUAGGAAAGUUUCCUUGUCUCACUAAUUGUGUAAGUCUAAAAGCAAAUGUCGUUUUUGCAGGGGUGGGUGGGUGAAAAUCAACAGACUGGAACACUGAGAACUAGAAUUUCCAUAGAGUAGUGCUUCAGUCCUGAGAAGAAAGAGACCAAAAGGGCAUUUUCAUGGCUGGAGCUGAUGUUGUCUCUGUUCAUUAAAUUGGAAAACAUUAUUACAAAGCAGUAGGUUAAAGAAUUUCAAUAACAUCAUUCCUUCUAUUUGCCAUGUUCAGUGGUUGAGUGCUUAUCCUUAUGCAGAAAAAAAAAUGCUAUCCACACACAAGAGGAACAUAGAUGUGUGCUUGGAAGAACCUCAUCUGGGGACCAUAGGCUAACUUCGGGGUUACAGAAGAGGCUAUGUAGUAUAUCUCCAUGAAUCUCCCAGGUUCCCCAUGAAUCUCCAUGUAGAUUCAGUUGCCACUCCAUUGGUUUCUGUAUGUGAAACCACAGGGGUGCUUCCUUUGUCUGUUCCCUCAGCCAGUAAAAUAUAUUGGUAAAACCCAUUAUUAAUUUUACAACUGAGAUGGAAAUUUAAUGAAAACUUUUACUUUAUGUUUAAGCUGUUUGAAAAGGUCAGUGAAAAAGCACUCCAGUAAAUGGCAUUGUACUUUCUGUAAGAAUAGUCUAAGUUGCUUUCAAACUAUACCUAAAGGUGGGAGCUCACAUUACUGAAUGCUUCUCUGUAGAAAAAGGUCUCCGGCACAUAGAUAGCUAACAUGUCUUUUUUUAAAAAAAAAAAAUCUUAAUUUUCAUUUUUUCACAUCACACAUAGAAGAAGAAGAAGAGUUUGGAUUUGAUAUCCCACUUUACCAUUCCCCUUGAAGAGUCUCAAAGCAACUAACAUUCUCCUUUCCCUUCCUCCCACAACAAACACUCUGUGAGGUGAGUGGGGCUGAGAGACUUCAGAGAAGUGUGACUGGCCCAAGGUCACCCAGCAGCUGCAUGUGGAGGAGCGGAGACGCGAACCCGGUUCACCAGAUUACGAGUCCACCGCUCUUAACCACUACACCACACUGGGUCACAACUCACAACACAUCAACCACGUUGCUUAAAAAUAUCAAAUCACAUUCUUACAAUUCACUCUAGAAAACCUGUUCACAUAUUACCAUGAGAUCUUGGGGAUUAUAAACACAAUCUUCUUGACACAUAUAAUCCAAAAACAGUUGCCACACAUUAGAGAAAAUAUAGGGAUUAGAAUUCCCUUUGGUUGUAUGAAUCUGGCACAUCAACUUUUCUGGACAGGGCUAUUGUCCAUGCUCUGGAGUACCAUGCUUCAAUGUUGAAGCCCAAGGCAGUGCACCAUCGCAUGGCUAUUUCCAUACGUGCCACUGUGAGGAGUUGACAUGUCCUUUAUUCCAAGUAAAGCGAGCUGAGGGAAAACUUAGGAGGUCCAUUUUGUAUAUUAAACUCAAUUCCUGGAAUACCAGAACACCAAAUGGGCAAACACAUUUGCAAAACCUCCACAAAUAAUAACUAACAUGUCUGAUACGCACGUAGAAUCUGUCUUACAUUGACUUCUGCAUGCAGUGAUUCGAAAAUAGACCAAGAGAGAGUGCAGGAAUAGACAACCUUUUUGAAGAUCAAGGGCUGCUUUUCCUCAAGAGAAAGUGGCUAGGGGGGGCCCAAGCCAAAAAGGUGGAGGAUCCUCUCUCUCUCUCUCUCUCUCUCUCUCUCACACACACACACACACCCUCCAUCAGCCCACCUACUGCAUGGAUCCUCAGCUUCUACUUGCCUCUGCACAGCCUUUCUCCCAUUUAUUCAUUCAUCAUCAACAUUAGUUCUCCUUCUUUCCUCUAAAAUAUCUUUCAGUCAUGUGAGCGUCACCUGGAUAUUUUACAUUCCAGUUUCUCUGGCUUUGAAGUACUAAAUAGAACACAUCUAAACAGAACUGAUACAGUUUCAUUUCAAUGUAUGCCUGCAGUUCAGAUGACUUAUAAUAAUGCCAAUAAUCACAUGUGCAUAAAAGGAAGGUUCAUUUUAAAUUCAUGUCAUUCAUAUUAUGCUGAUGAGGCUUUUCUAUUUUGGAUAAGCUGCAUUCUCUCUUCCUCUCCCUUCUGCUUUCUUUAGCGGUUAGUCUCUGUCAUUGGCUCAUCGCUGCCAUUCUGCAACAUGACAACUUCAUUUGUACUUUAUAAGUUCCCAACCCUAACUGAGAAAGUCUGCUCUGUGAUGUUUGGGGAAAAUGGUACAUGUUGUGGCUUUCAUCGUUUUGGAAAUGAUUGCAGCUGAAGUUUUACUUCCCAAAAGUGGGACUCGUUUUAACUGCUCAUAAAAUUCUCUCCACAACAGCUAGCUGCAGAGAAAUUCUCCUGUUGUUUUUGGUAAGUUCACAAAGCCUCUGGAAAACACCUUUCAGUCAUGUGACUAGCAGUCACAAGCUAUACAUAAAAAGGUGGGGGGACCCAAAUCCUCAUUAAUUUCCAUGUACUGCUCUAGCUGCCUUCCUCGUAGUAAGGUUUUGCUUCUUCCUCCCCUAUUUUAAACAGAGGCACUGGUGGUAGAGUACACUAAGCCCAGCAAAUGUCAAGCUUUGCUUUAAAAUUAUUGGUAUUUAAGGGAGGCAUAAUACCAUUAAGUCUAAAGCUAUUAAGAUUUUCUUAGUGAAAACACACAGGGCCAUUUUAUGCCGUUCUGACAGAGGGCUUUAAAUAAGCCCCACUGUGCGGAUGUUGUAGCUUUUUCUAUUUCCCAGGGAGAAAAUUUCAGGAGAGUUGUGGUGAUGGCACUUGGUUUGUAUAAGACUAAUAAAAGGAUCGAGAUGUAGGCAUGUUUCUCCAGUUCUGGAUUCCCGCCCCCCUCCGUGGUCAGAACUUUGAAGUUUUUUAAAAGCUUUGUUCUCUUCCUCUUUGCCAGGCUAAUAAAAAGAAUUAUUAUUACUACCACAUUUGUGUUUCUUGGAUUUUUUUUUAUUUUUUAUUUGGCUAAUGCAAGUACUUUUACAACAUAAUUGCGCCGAAAAAGAGCAAUUAGAAUUAAAGGAGCCUUGGCCAAUAAGUACAGCACUUAUUUCAAUUAUACUAGUAACAUAGGAAACCUGAAAGCCUACUUGAAUUACCCAAAUGAUACUUUAAAGAGAGGGAGAGAGAGAGAGAGAGAGAGAGAGAGAGAAGAAUUGCUUUUAAACUUAACAAAACUCUUAAUUGGUGGGGGAAGGGUGGUUGAUAUGAAUCUGUGGUAACCAGAUUUGCAGUCUGAACUGUUCGUCUGCCACACUGUUGGCCAUCAAAGAAGGCCUGUCUCACCAAGCUUUCUAUUUUCACAACAGGAUAUCUGGUUUCUUUUAUGAGGAUACAGCUAGGUUAAUUUGGUUUAGUGGUUUGCUGGAGGUAAGCAUGCUCUUCACAGCGCAAACACCAAAAUCCCCCCCUCAAAGCAGUUUCCUGCUAAUAGCCAAGGUCUGAUUGGCAGUUUUGCAUUGUAAAGUGUGAUUUGGUUGGAUAAAUAUGUUUAGUCUAGUAAGCACUUUAGUGAUUGAGUGUCUGUUAAUGGAUAAAGGUGGAUUACAGUGAAACCUCUACAGGCUGUCAUUGAGCACUUUAGAGAUGUGAGAUGUCAGAAAGGCAAGGGAGGCAAAUUAAUGGGGAACUGUGACCAAACUCGGCAAAACUCGGACCAUAUUUUAAACAUUGGGUGGUGCUAAUUUUUGCAUAGUUUUGAAGUCAUAAUCUCACCAGAGGACCCACAGCCCGACUGAACCUCCCAAUCUGGCCUUACAUUGCUGGAUUUUGUCUGGAAAUGUAGACAGAGAAUUUAAAGGCAGUUUUCAGCACUGAAUGAAUGUAACUAGAAUGACUGUUUAUGCUUCCUUUUAAUAGAUUCUCCUUUUCCACAAGAAUUAUAGAUCCAGAGAACAUGGCAGACUUCUCUUACUUCCGCUGCCUCUCCCCUGGAGUUCCCUCUUGUUUCUCAACUCCAGACUUCCAACCUCAGGUGCAAAAGGUCCGUUUUAAGGUAUGUAUAUUGGAAUGUAAUUACUUUUGGGAGGGCAUUUCCUUUCUGCCCACAAUAAAGAAAGCAUGGUGCUAAAAUGUUAAGAGUAAGCAUAUUGAAUUUAAACUGAAAUUGAUUCCUCCCCCCCUUUUGUUUUUUAAAUUUAUGGGUGAUAUCCAACUAAGUUGCACUCAAGAAUAGUACUUUAAUCGAUGGAAUCAAGUGGCUCAAGUCCACUGAUUUCAGUUAGUCUACUCUGAGUAGGACUAGUGUGUUUUUUACUUCUGGAAAUAAAAAAUAAAAAUUAUCAGAGUAUUUCUGAGCCAAGUCGUUAAAAACAACAACAUGGCAGUGUACAAUAAAAUCAUUAAACUAUUUUGAAAAUAAUAAAAUACAGAGCAAGGGACGAACAGCGGAUCCAAUUAUUUAUCUGAAAAUGCUUGGUGGAACAGUCACGUUUUGGGCAGGCAGUGAAAUAUCAGAAUUGCGAUUGCCUGUCUGAUUUUAGCAGGAACAUUGUUUCAAAGUACUGGUGCCACCAUGCCAAAGGCCUUAGUUUGCAUAGAAACCAAACAAAGAUGUGAUAACUGGGAAACAGAAGGGCUUCUCCAGAUGAUCUGGCUGAUGUAGAAGGGAAAAAGUGGUCUUUCAGGUAACCCAGUCAUAGGUCAUUCAGGGCUUUAUAUUCCAACAGGAAUACCUUGAACUCAGUUGCUGAUGUACUGGCAGAGCAGUUUUCAGUCCCAAUGUCAUAUGCCCAUUUGGAGUAGCUCUAGCCAAAAGCUGGUCUGCCGAUUUCUGCACUAGCUGCAAUUCCCAAACAAACCUCAAAGUUAUGCUUUUUGUUAUUCUUAUUACAGAGUACAGUAAUUCUAAGCAUUUUAUUUCAUAUACAAUGUUUAUAUGCAGCUUGAUUAUAAUAAAACCUGUAAGCAAUUUCUCCCCGCAAAAGUCCUUUGAUUUUCAGAGGGCAUUUCCUCUAUGUACAUAGGGUUGCAGCCUGUAUUAAUUAUAUAUGAGAAUUGAUAAAAAAUAUAGUUAUACAAAUAUCCAGUUUUCCCCAAAACAGCCUUCUCAUCAAUAAGAUUUUAAGCGACAUUUUUUUCUUUUUUUAAAAAAAUUAAAAAAAAUAAUCUACCCUAAUACUUUUACUAACUUUUACUAAAAAAAAUCAAAAAAAAAUCUACCCUAAUACUUUUACUAAUAUUCAUGUACUGUGACACCACUGCUACAUAUAGCAUUAUAUGAGGUGGUGAAAAGCAGCCUUUUCCAGCGUUAUAAUAGCUCAGGGCAGAGUCAUAAAUGGAUUUUUCAAAAUGUUAUGCAUUUUACGGAAGGCUUAAGAAGUACCUUUUUUUCUGCCAUGGUAUGGGUAUUCAGUGCCAUGGUUUAUUCAACUUUAAAUGGAGUAGGCCCAUUGAGAUUAAUAGCCAUUAAUAGUUUAAGUCCGUCAAUUUCAGUGCAACUUCUCUGAGUAAAGAUGUGUUGAAUACAACCCAAUGGGCCAGAUUCAGCUACCCUGUUCCACUAGCAGAAGCCAGCAUAAGGACUACUGCUAGCACAAUGGGCUUCCCCCCCCCGCACCCCACCACUUCCCCCAAAUUCACUCUGGAGGGACGGGGGAACCCCCAGAACAGGAUACAAGAGGAGGAAAUGGGAGGUUGUUCCAACAGGCGAGCAGAAAUACAUGCAAUGACAGAACAACCUCCUUAGCUGUUGUACCUUGAAGUCCAUCCUAUGUUUUUCAUCUGGAACAUGGUUUUCCUAUAGAGGCAUCCUCAGAGCAUCUUACUGAUGUGAAGGCAAAAGUGACAAACUAGCAGCUAUUCUGGUUUGGAUACAAGCAACCAGUGACUGACAGUAAAGUUUCUGCCUAAAUGUACUGCUCCUAAGACUGGACUGUAAGUAAGAAGCCUAUUUUAACAACUUGUAACACACACACACACAGAGAGAGAGAGAGAGAGAGAGAGAGAGAGAGAGAAGUGCACACACACACACACCAAUAAGAUUGUUUCAAUAUGACAGCUUUAAAUCUUUCAAGAUAGUUGAUGUUUAAAACAUGUUUGGCUAUGAGAGAAGCCAAAUUCUGAAAUAUGUCUUAUUUUGAUAGUAGGCUUAAGGAAAUAUAUGAUGGGAGAAUGUACUGGCCUGCAUAUAUGCCAUUAUGAAUGAGCAAAAAGAUAUGAAGAUAGCAUGCAAUGAGAUAUGAAAGGAGGAAAUGAUAGGUUUUUUUAUUUUUAUGAUACAACUCAUUAAGUCAUUUUUUCUACUGCUAGUAAUCCUGUAGGAGACAUACAACAUUUAGAAAUAAAAUGAUUAAAAUGCAAUUAAUAUAUAAAGCAUUUUAUUAAACACUGCAUACCACAUAAUCAUCAUCAUAUCAUCUCACUUCUUUGGAGGGGAAAAUCAAACUGGACAUCUUCCUUCAAUUGAUGCCCACCCCAGUUCACCUUCUCUCCUCUCCAACUUCCCCCAUUGCUAACUUUUCACACAGAAUCAUCUUCUCCUGUCAUCCAAGCCACUGCCAUGUCUCCUCCUUUUGGAACUGGGCUGCUCCUUGAACUGCUACAUGACUGUUCCCCCUUGUGCCCAUACCAUGGAAAGAGGGAAUGGCUGAAGAAAGGAGAGCUCCACAAUCACAUCUGGGGCCUCCGUCUGCUAGUAAUAAAUAUAUUUAACCUCUGCAGCAUUUACUACAUCUGAUACAGUAUUUUCUUGCCCUCACAAGCUAUGGUGAAAUAGGAAGGUGCUACCCCACCCAGCCGGGACAUGCGUGGCGCCGUGGGUUAAACCACAGAGCCUAGGACUUGCCAAUCAGAAGGUCGGCGGUUUGAAUCCCUGCGACAGGGUGAGCUCCCGUUGUUCGGUCCCUGCUCCUGCCAAUCUAGCAGUUCAAAGUGCAAGUAGAUAAAUAGGUAUCGCUCCGGCAGGAAGGUAAACGGCGUUUCCGUGUGCUGCUCUGGUUCGCCAGAAGCGGCUUAGUCAUGCUGGCCACAUGACCCAGAAGCUCCCUCGGCCAAUAAAGCAAGAUGAGCGCCGCAACCCCAGAGUCGGUUGUCUUCUUAUAUUGUUCCCAGUCUUUCAGCUGGGUUGGGGAAUAGUUCAACCAAGCUAGAAGAGUUCUAUGAAGUCUUAGAAGAUAAAAAAGCCAAUGCAAUUCUGGGCUGCAUCAAUAGGAGUAUAGCAUCUAGAUCAAGGGAAGUAAUAGUGCCACUGUAUUCUGCUCUGGUCAGACCUCACCUGGAGUACUGUGUCCAGUUCUGGGCACCACAGUUCAAGAAGGACACUGACAAACUGGAACGUGUCCAGAGGAGGGCAACCAAAAUGGUCAAAGGCCUGGAAACGAUGCCUUAUGAGGAACGGCUAAGAGAGCUGGGCAUGUUUAGCCUGGAGAAGAGGAGGUUAAGGGGUGAUAUGAUAGCCAUGUUCAAAUAUAUAAAAGGAUGUCACAUAGAGGAGGGAGAAAGGUUGUUUUCUGCUGCUCCAGAGAAGCGGACACGGAGCAAUGGAUCCAAACUACAAGAAAGAAGAUUCCACCUAAACAUUAGGAAGAACUUCCUGACAGUAAGAGCUGUUCGACAGUGGAAUUUGCUGCCAAGGAGUGUGGUGGAGUCUCCUUCUUUGGAGGUCUUUAAGCAGAGGCUUGACAACCAUAUGUCAGGAGUGCUCUGAUGGUGUUUCCUGCUUGGCAGGGGGUUGGACUCGAUGGCCCUUGUGGUCUCUUCCAACUCUAUGAUUCUAUGAGGAUGCCAGUCAACAGGUAACAGUUCAGCGGUGUGUCAGCAAAGUUAACACAUAUUUAGAGAGCCAAGUGUUAUCCAGGAAGUUACAGCCUUUCCCAGCCUAGUGUCCUACAGAUGUUUUGGAUUACAACUCCCAUCACUGACUGUUAGCAUGCCCAAUAGUCAGGGAUUAUGGGAACUGUAGUCCAGAAUAUCUCAAGGGCUGCAAACUGGGGAACCUUGUAUUAGACCAAGGAGGUUUUCCAACAGCUUGUUGCACCUGCAGAGAUUUCUCUGUUCUGAAGGUUCUUCGGAUUUCGGUCUCUGUUGCCCUUACUGUCUCUAUUCCUGGCUGAUCCUGGGACUGUCAUACAUUGCCUACAGAACUUGUGUUAUGAGAUGACUGGUAAAUGCAGAUAAGAAAUGAAUACACAUACAUACAUACACACACACACACAUUCAGUGUUAAUUAAAGUCUCUUUAACCUUGUCUUCCUUUCUCUUUGAUCCCCUUUACAAGAACAAUAUCUCACAUUUCACUUUUACAAUCACUUAGGUGUACAAAGCCUUUGGAAACGGGACUAGAGAUAGAGAAACGUUGCUUAUGCAGCCAUCUGGUGUGCUUUUUUAUCACAUUUUUAAAGGGCACUGGAACCAUUGGAUGGGCAUGCUAUUAAGUACUCAUCCACUUAUCAAGAGGAAGCAGCUGCCAGGCUGAUAGCGAGCCCUUUCUUAUAAACAAACUCCUUUGAGUAUGAAUAUUAUAUUGGUGUCUUUAAGCUGACUUCACUAUGCAGAUAAUAAUAUUCCAAAGGAAUAGAAUAGGUGGCAAAGUUAGCCAAUGAAUUCAAACACCUUGACAGCAUCGGAUACAGCCCAGUGUCUUCUCAGGUUCAGCCAGUCCUCAACUAGGGUCUUCCGUAAUGAUCAAUAGCCAUUUGUACCAGCCCUCCCUGGACAGCAAUAGAAAAACAGCUGUUUCCACCUGGGAACUGUAUGGAAGUUCUUUACAACUGUACAAUAAUAAACAGUGGGAAAGCUCAGCCCAGUUUAGAGCUCCUUUUGUUUGCACACUUUCACUAUCUUUGCAUUUGUUAGACUGUAAUUUUCUUUGCAAUUGUAUUUUAUCAGGCUAUUGUUUGUGUAGCUUUGGAUUCUGCUGCAAACAUAUCUCAAAUAAAAUAAAUGCCCAAUUAUAUACCUCCCCCGCUUUCUUUCUGCAUUUGCAAGUACAUCGUUACCAACUACAGAAGGCAGCUUGCAUUUAGACAGAGUGCUCUUUAAGCAGCAAAGAAUUACCCCUCCCUGGGAGAAAAAAAAAGUGUAAAUACAUAACAUGAUUUACCAGUUGUACGGCUCUAGGGUCUCAAAUUCCCAUAAAUAUAAGUGACAAAUUAUCAAUAAAUCAUUCCUGGGCCUACCAUAUUGCACCAAUGUUUAUUGAAAUCCUCUACUAAUAAAUAUGAGAGUCACCUUUCCUAGCUGUACCCUGAGAAACAAAGAUGACAGCAAUUACAAACAGACAUGAAAAAUGAAAAAUAUGACUUUUGCAAGUAACAAUUCUUCCCAGGCCUCCUUGGUCUGAUUGACCUGUUCUAGAAGAAUGCUUUAUUCCACAAACACUGCACCAAAUUGAUAAUAUUUGUUCUAUAUCAACAAAAUUGCAAGCCAUAUAGUUUUGAAAGGGGAAGUUCUAACAGGUAACUCCUGACCUUGAGAGGAUUAAUUCCCUUCCUUUUUUUAUUAUUAGUUGCAGAUAAUCUGUUUCAGGACCAAAAGGACUGUGUCUAAAUAGCUGCUAAUACUGUGCUGCAUGAUUUAUGCUUUGAAAUUCCAGUGUCACCACCAUUAAUCCCACAAAAUUAAGUGGCAAGUGGAACAAACAGACGUGGCAAUGUUCAGGGCUCAGUUAUUACCCCUGUUAUAUUGAAAUGUGGCAUUAUGGGCUGUGUGUCAUAAAUUUUUCCCCUGACAAUAUACCCAAACACAUUUGGGUUUAAGUGUUGCUUACCUUGUAUAAACAAUGAUGUAUUGAAUUGUCGAAGCGGGAUCUGGCCCUUUAUUCAAUCCCACCCUGCACCUUCAGACACACCUCUCAAGAAUUCCUUGAAAUACAGAUUUUCUCGUUUCUGAAUCUGAUAUGAAUAACAAUUAAUGUGUUAAGGGCAUCCUUUUAUUUUAACUCUCUUUUCUUUUACAGGACAAUACCUCAAGGGUAUUGAUAACAAAGAUUCCCACCUUCAAGCAACUGAACCAUGCUAGCUUUUAA